CACUUUUGCUUACUUUCCAAUUCUUUUGCCGCUCUCAUCUCUCUAGCAAAUAAAAUAAGAAAAAAACAAGAAGUAGGUAAGAGACCAUUUUUUUUAGUUCCUGUUGUUUUUUUCUUUCAAAUAGCUCUGCAAAUUCAAAUGCUUUAAACUGGAGCUCCUUCCCAUUUUCUCUCAAACCCAACAACUGGGUCAUCUUUAUCACCGCAAUUAUCUUCAACUUUCAGGAAAGAACCAGAAUAUAUCACCCAAAAAAAAAAAAAUUCAUUGCCGUGGUUCUCAUCCCAUCAAACCACAAUAUCCACACAAAAGCCAACCACCAUAAAAGAAACCAGAUUCAGAAAACCCAUAACCCACUCCACUAGAACAGUACCGCAAGAAUUCGUUAAUACUGAUCUCACCCCAUCGUUCCAAAGCUGUUGCCCACAGCCAUCACAAGCUGCCAGAAGGGCUAGCCGCCACAACCACAACACCAUCGGAAGCCUCAGCCUCGCAUGCCGCUAGUUCUACUGCAACGCCAAACCUGCAUCUAUCCAAUAUCAAAGGACCGAAAGCACAUUAAGACGGAGACCCCAAGUGGGGAGAGUGGGAACACGUAUAAUGGAGCAAUAUGAAAUUCUAGAGCAGAUUGGGAAAGGUUCUUUUGGUUCUGCUCUUCUUGUGAGGCAUAGACAAGAAAAAAAGAAGUAUGUGUUGAAAAAGAUCCGUCUUGCUCGCCAGACUGAUAGGUCUCGCAGAUCUGCGCACCAGGAGAUGGAGCUUAUUUCUAAAGUACGGAAUCCAUUUAUUGUAGAGUACAAAGAUUCCUGGGUGGAAAGGGGUUGCUUUGUAUGCAUUGUCAUAGGAUAUUGUGAAGGAGGAGACAUGGCAGAGGCUAUCAAAAGGGCCAAUGGUGUUCAUUUUCCUGAAGAGAAACUUUGCAAGUGGCUUGUUCAACUCCUCAUGGCACUUGAUUACUUGCAUGCUAACCAUAUUCUUCACCGUGAUGUCAAGUGCUCAAAUAUAUUUCUAACAAAAGAUCAAGACAUACGUCUAGGUGAUUUUGGCCUUGCUAAGAUGUUAACUUCUGACGAUCUUGCUUCCUCGGUUGUGGGAACCCCAAGCUACAUGUGCCCUGAGCUUCUUGCUGAUAUACCAUAUGGUUCCAAAUCAGACAUAUGGUCUUUAGGAUGCUGUAUAUAUGAAAUGACCGCUCACAGGCCUCCAUUUAAAGCUUAUGAUAUGCAAGCUCUGAUUAACAAAAUAAACAAAUCUAUUGUUUCCCCCCUUCCAGCCAUGUAUUCUGGUGGAUUUCGAGGGCUCAUCAAAAGCAUGCUGCGGAAAAAUCCAGAACUCAGACCAAGUGCUGCAGAGUUGCUCACUCACCCACAUCUUCAACCAUACAUCCUUAAAAUUCAUUUAAAACUGAAUAGCCCUACACGGAAUACAUUCCCAGUUCAAUGGUCUGAUUCCAACUACAUAAAGAGAACAAGAUUUGUGGAGCCAGAAACAAUUUCUAUUCAUUCUGUCCAAGAGAAGGGGAGGUCAUUCAGCAAUGACAGGACCUUGAAUCCUAGUAUAUCUGGAACUGAACAAGACUCCCUAUGUUCUUCUCAAAGAGCAGAUGACUUUGCAGGCUUGAAUCAAAAGUUCAUAGAAUUAUCUGUUGGUUGUGGCCUGUACAAAGAAUAUGAUAUUGACGAGUCAAUAACCACAAAGUUUUCUAGUGUUUCCCAAAUCCCAAGAUUGACACCGAGAACAGUUUUUGCUACACCAAGGAAACAGACACUGCCAUCAAAGAAAUCCCACAUGGGUUCAAAACGUGACUCACUUCCGAUGUCACAAACUCCAGUGAGAAGAUCUACUCAUCCAACACGAAGAGCAUCUCUUCCAUUGCCAACAAGAGUUGUGGCUUCAGAAACUCCUUACAAAGCCAACGUUGGUUUCCUUCACAGCAUGGACUCUCCAGAUGUUUCUGUCAAUGCCCCACGGAUUGACAAGAUGGCUGAAUUCCCCUUAGCUUCUUCUGAAGACCCUCUCUUUCCAAUCCGCCAAACUUCAUCAUCUGCACAGUACUCUUCUACCUCACCAGAUAGUGCUAAUCGUUCAAUCACAAAGGACAAGUGCACUGUCCAAGUAGUGGAAAAAAACUUUGUCAAGCCUAGUUUCACUGAUGCCAGCCAUGGAGCUGCAAGGAAUGGCAGUGAAUGCUCUGAGCAUAAUCCACAAACUGGUGUUUCAAGUCGUUCUUCUUCUGAAUCACAACAGCGCCGUUUUGACACCUCCUCGUUCCAGCAACGUGCUGAGGCAUUGGAAGGGCUGCUUGAGUUCAGUGCACGACUCCUACAACAAGAAAGGUUUGAGGAGCUUGGCGUGCUGUUGAAGCCAUUUGGGCCGGAGAAGGUUUCUCCAAGGGAAACUGCAAUAUGGUUGACUAAGAGCUUCAAGGAGACAGCAGCUUAACUGAAAAUACUGUUGCCAUGUGAUUCUUGCAGAUGUACGUUAUUUCUAUGUUUGACAUUUGAAAAUUGAAAAAGUAUCUAUAAGUCUUCAUCUUGAAGGCAAUAUGUAAGUCUGCUGUGUUCUGUAUGAUUGCUUAUUUGAUGAAAGUACUGUAGAAAAGAAGGGAGAAAAGAUUUUGUGUGCGCGCGAGGCCUGCCAAAAUAAGCCGAAAGCUGGCUUUAUUUGCGCUUUGCCAAAUGCACACUGAUAAUGUGAAUUGAGUUUUUUUCUUA